AUGCACGAGGUUAUCAGUCUCGCACAGGGCGAGGUUCCAAAGACCGAGCAAAACGAGGAAGAGCGCUUGGUUAGGCUCCAGCACCGAGGUGAGCCGGCACCAGCGGCCGAGCGGGGCGGGAGGAGAGGAAAUGACGAGCCAGAAAGGGGUGGUAACGGCGGCGGGAUGGAGCCCGGGGUGGCGGGCCGGGAGGAGGGGCGCGGCGGGCGCGCUAACGGCCCCGGGGUGGGUCUCAGAGGCCGCGCAGCGCGUCCCCGCCUGGCCUCGCUUCAAAUCUGCCGGCCCAACUGCCUCAAGGCUCAGAGGAACGGGCCUCCCGGGGGCCCGGAACGUGGGGACGCAAGGGCAGGUCGGAGGGGAUCGGGGAGCAGCGGUGCAUCCGCCAUCCGCACCCGGACAGGAUCAGGACCCCGCGGAGCCUGGCUCCAGGGCGCCAUCCCCACGCUGCGACGACCCCUGCAGGCCUCCACAGGCUCCGAGCCGGGGCAGCCGGCUCCCCGGCUCCGGCAGCCUCGGCCCGACUCCCGGGCUCGACGGACGCCUGGGCCUCUCCUGAGUGGUCAGCGAGACCCGCCAAUCGGGGCGCUGGGGCCGGCUCUGGGCCGCUGGAUAUUGGCUCCUCAUACUCACCGUGCCUCGCUCCCCCGGUUCGCUGCCCGCGCUGAUUGGCUCCAGUACCGGACCCCGAAACCCAAUCAGAGGCUCCAGCCGCCGCCGCCGCCGCCACUGCCGCUGCCUCGCAAAAUGGCGAAUCUGAACAAAGAGGAAUCGGGCCUCCCUCCAACCGCCUUCGCGCAGGCGCCUUCGAGACCACGCCCCAUAACCCCGGCCAGCCUGGCCCCGCCCCCCCGGGGAGCACUGCGCAGGCGUCCCGGGGGCCACACCCACUUCCUGGAUUUGACCCCGCCUUCCGCCGGAGGACUACGCAGGCGCCUUCUCCAGGCGCCAUACUGA